AUGAAUGUUUCUCUGGAAAAGUCCUUUUCGGAGCCGGACAUACAUUUGACUCCUACAAAUUUCCUUAUGACCCGUAGAAAGAGAUCACGAGAGGAAGAUAUUAUUGGUAUGUCAGAUCUUACAGCUUUCAAGGAUGAAAUGAUGAAGUCGAUGGCUGCUCUUUUUGCUAAUUCUGAUGCAAAAAUUAGCCAAAUGCUAUCAAGCUUCAAGGAGGUACAAGAAACAAAUCAAGGAAUUUUGGAGUCUAUCAAUUUUCUUACGGAACAAAAUAAACAGUUGAACGCUAAAAUCGAUUCUUUAGAAUUACAAAGAAGGAAGGACAGUGAAUAUAUUACUCUACUUGAAAAUAGAAUUGAGGAUCAGCAGAUGUUAAGUCGCAAACAAAACUUUGAGCUGAAAAAUGUACCUCGAAAAGAGAGUGAAACAAGGGAAGAUCUUGUAGACAUGGUAAUCCACCUAUCAAAAACCGUAGGUUGUGAAAUCUCAAGGAGAGAUAUUACUGAUAUUUACAGAGUUCGUGGCAAAAAGGAUGGAUUGAAGAACACCCCUAUUGUGGUUGAAACUUCUUCUAGUUUUGUUAAGAUAGAUCUCAUGAAAAUGUCUAAAAUGUAUAAUGUUAAAAACAAAACAAAGCUUAUGGCAAAACAUUUAGGUUUCCAUAGGAACGAGGAUGUACCGAUCUAUAUAUCCGAAAAUCUAACAAGUAAAGGAGCUCGCUUGCACUAUUUGGCUCGGGAUCUCGUCAAAAGUAAAAAAUACAAAUUUUGUUGGACGGCCUAUGGGAAAGUAUAUAUUAGACGGGACGAAAACUCGCCAAUCAUUACUCUCAAGUCAGAAGCUCAAUGCAACCAACUUAUGAAUGCUUCUUGA